AUGAAUUUUUCCAAAACAUUCAGUUUUUUUAGUUCGUUAUUUAUAUCUAUCAUAAUAGCAUUUAUUUACAAUGUUAAUUUAUUAAAAAAUUUAUUUAAGGAUAUGUUAUUAUUACGUAGUUACGAAUUAGAAUCAAUGAUUAAAAGGAAUCUUGCAGAAAUGAUUCCAGAUACAUUAGAAGAUGAUAAUAAAGUGGUGAAAACAAAAUUAUUAAACAAGGAUGAGCUCAUAGAUAAAUACAUUUUUGCGGAGCAUUCUGCAUCAUUAGAAAUAUUGAAAGAGUUAGUAAAAAAUAAAAAUAGCACAGAUGAAACUUAUGAUUGUAUGGAAAGAGACUUAUCGAUAAUUAAUGGAAUUUUUAGUAAAAAUGGUAUUAUAUUAUCAGCUAAUGGAAUAAUGAAUGUAUAUAGUAGAAUUGGUAAACGUUAUAUUUUAUUUGAAAAAAAUUCAACAGAAGAUAAUGAUGAUGAUUUUUUUAGAAGUAUUUUAAGCAUAGAAAAAUCCAUAACUGGUGAAUUAUUGAAGAAGAUUAUUUUUUUGGAAGAUAGAAUGAUCGACAAAUCCAAUUAUAUACCUAUAUUGUUAGAUACAUUACAUUUAAUUGAUGCCAAUGAAGAUUCAAUAAUAAUACGCAAAUAUAUAUUUAAAUUAACUUUUUCAUCCGUUAUAAAUGAAAUUAUAUAUGAUAUUAUUUCUUUUUAUAAUGUAAGAUUUCGUGAAGAUGAAAGAAUCGAUCUACCAUAUGUUACUAAACUGUUGAAUUUAGAAGGUUGUGUAUUGCAUAAAUUAGUUUCUAUAGUUGUUCGUAGUGAUGAUGAUGCUGUCCCUAUUUAUUAUAAUUCAAAACUUGUUUUAAGAGAAAUUUUUGAAAUGUUUUCAAAAAAUAAUAUUGAUUUAUCAUUUUUACAAUUUAAAAAUAUAUAUUUAAGAUUAUUAGAAAAUUUUUAUGGUAUAAAUUCAGGUAAUUUAACAAGAGAAAUAAUUGAUGAAAUAACAAAUUCUCACAGAAUAGAAAGAAGUGUGAUUACCCAAAUUGUAUCUGAAGAACUUGAAAAUUUUAAUAAUGGUGAAGAACAAGAAGGUCCAACUGAUAUUAAUUCUGUAAAAGAUAAAGUUGCUCAACAAUUACAAUCAAGAAAUAUUACUUUAGAACAACAUAAAGUGGAUAAAAUAGUACAUAGGAUACAUAGAUAUGUCACUGAUGAUAGCUAA